AUGGCAUUCAACGCCAGCAACAGCACUGACACCAAGGCCCUGAGCCUCCAUCCUGCCAACCAUGCCAAGCUUCAGGAGAUCAUGGCCCGUGACCAGCCCGUACUAACCCAGGCUGCCGAUAGAUACGACUACCUCUUUAAGCUGCUCCUCAUCGGGGACUCCGGCGUUGGAAAGUCCUGCCUCUUACUCCGUUUCGCCGACGAUACCUAUACGGAAUCCUACAUCUCCACCAUCGGCGUCGACUUUAAAAUCCGAACCAUCGAACUCGCCGGGAAGACCGUGAAGCUGCAAAUUUGGGAUACUGCUGGCCAAGAACGCUUCCGAACUAUUACUUCGUCCUACUAUCGAGGUGCCCAUGGUAUCUGUGUCGUCUACGAUGUUACCGACAUGGACAGCUUCAACAACGUUAAGCAGUGGCUCCAAGAGAUCGAUCGAUAUGCCACCGAGGGUGUCAACAAGCUCCUCGUGGGCAACAAGAGUGAUAUGACGGACAAGAAAGUCGUCGAGUACACGGUUGCAAAGGAGUUUGCUGAUAGCCUUGGUAUUCCGUUCCUCGAGACCUCGGCUAAGAACGCCUCCAACGUCGAACAGUCUUUCUUGACCAUGGCCCGACAAAUUAAGGAGCGAAUGGGAUCGCAGGCCACCACCAACACCAAGCCAGGCGUCCAAGUUGGUCCGGGACAAAGUGUUUCCAGCUCGUCCAACAGCGGCUGCUGCUAG